AUGGUGUAUGUGCAUCGUAGAAAGACUUCGUUUCUGAUUCAGGUUAGGGUUUGGAUGUUGACUCAGAUGACUAUAACAUUGAAGAGAAAUCGAGAAUCAUUGAUGAGAAAAGGAAGAAGAAAGAAGAAGAUGUCGAGGCUGAAAUGCAACUCAACAUCAAAGAGGAGUCUGAUGAAUUUAGAUUACCAAUCCAAGAGCUUCCACUGUCGCCGACGGGUUACUCCUGUCGUAGAGCCUUCAACGUUGCCACUAUCCACCCCUGGAGGGGGAUCUCAUCGCCGCGCUCUGCUGCCACGAAGCCGUCGCGUCUUGCCGCCAAGGGUUCCGUCGCCGUCGUGCCUUGCCUCUGUCACCGCUAAUCCACCGCCGCUGCUGCCAGGUCCCAUCGCCAUCACCGUCACAGGCAGGAAAGGGAGAAAACGAAUAGAAUGUGAGGGAGAGGAGGAGUUCUCAUCGUUGUUGUACGUCCAAUUAUCGCUGCUGCUUCCAAUCCCACCGUUGCUGUUGCACCGCCGCCUCCGGAGUUCAUCGCCGUGGCCAAGGUCUGCCGUGAAGAGUAACGUGAAUGGAAAAGAAAACAAGGAAGCUGCUAAUGGGGAUUUGGAAAAAUGGCUUUGUUCUGUCUCUGCCUCUGGGUUCUACAAGUUGCCAGAGUCCUCAGCUUUGAUAGAUCCCCUGAAGACUCCCUUAAAUUGGAGAAUGAGGUUGCAGAUUGCUAAUAAAGUUGUAGCAGCACUGGAAUACUUGUUUCUUUUUAAUGAUCCACCGGCAUAUCAUGUUUCCAUCAGCUCAAGCAAUAUUAUGUUAGAUGAGAACUUUGCAGCUAAAUUAUUAGAUUUUGGCCUUCUUACUCCCAGUGCAAACUCUGUCAUGAUGCCGAAUUCAGGAGGUCCUUAUCUCUCUACAGAAAACAAACCAGGUUAUAUACAUUAGAGAUGUUGAGAGGCUUAGCUUGUUCUACAAUCACCAAGGUUAUACAAUUUGAUACAUAAUGCUUCACUGUUUUUGAAAGGAGAUGUAUGAACAUAAUGGAGUUUGUAAUUUGUAGUUUAUAUUUUAGAGAUUUAUAAUUCCUUGUUUUUCUUGUCCUAUGUAUCUAUCUAGUUCAUUAGGGUUUUUCAAUGUGUCUUGUUAGUUUGUACUUUAAAGUUUAUAUGUUGAAGAUUUAUAAAACAAUCUUAGUUAAAUGAAAGAUAUUUGAAC